GUUCCUUACACCUCCGUGUCUCCUCUCGUUCCCCCUUCACUACUCUCUCCCAUACUAUUCCCCUCCCUACGUUUUUCUUCCUUUCCUUGGCAUUGUUUCUGGAUUUGGUAUCCUGCCGGGAUUUAUUUCCCACUGAUCUCAGUAAGUAAUUCAACUUGAACCCUCAUCUGUUGGAGGCGAUUGCUAGCCUCAGGGUUUAUGCUGUGACGUACGUCAAACCAGGCUGACAUAUUUUCGGUUGCUUCUUUCUAGUUAUCCUGGAAUUAAAUCUCCUAUUCCCCGCGAAGCAUCCCUACAUAUGCCCCUUUGCAUGAAGGCUGCAUAAAUCGGUGCUUCACUACGUGCAAACUGUCUAGUGUCGGUGUGGUGUACGCUCCUCUACUAUUUACUUACAUACCGUCCCACAUCUCCGCGACAGGGCCCGGCUUGCCAAAUGUCUAGCCCACCGUUCACGGUCAAAUCGGUCUUCGAGUAUUCGUCGAGCCACGAGGAUGACCUAACAUUUGCAAUCGGCCAAAUUAUCACCGUCACUGCGGUAGAAGAUGCGGAGUGGUACUAUGGCGAAUACACAAAUGAGUCGGGCAGCAAGGUAGAAGGCAUCUUCCCAAAGAACUUCGUGGAGAGGUACGAGCCUCCUGCUCCCCCACGGCCGACGCGCCCAAGUAGAGCAAAGAAGGAAGCCGAUGUCGCCCCUCCUCCCGCCCCCGUACCAGUCGAGAUUCCGGUUGAGAGCCAUCCCCCGCCGGAGACCGAGGUAGAGGAUACCCCUGUGGCUGAGCCAAAGAGCAUCCCCAGACCUCCCCAGUCGCCUCCGCCUCCUUCAGAAACUUCACCUAUUGAUGUUGAGUCCCCGCCCAAGCCAGCACCUGCUCCAGCGUACCAGCCGCCGUCACCCGAAGCAAAAGAGCCUGCUCCAAAAGCUUCGCCGAAGCCCCUACCCCCGGCAGUUGCUGAUAAACCUGCCGCGUCAUCAUUUAGGGAUCGCAUUGCAGCAUUUAAUAAACCGGCGGCACCCCCGAUUGCGCCUUUUAAGCCGGGGGGCUACGGCUCGGGGGGCUCUAAUUCGUUCAUUAAGAAACCGUUUGUUGCACCGCCACCUAGCAAACAUUCCUAUAUACCCCCAAUUAGGGAGCCUCCCCCAAAGGUGUAUAGGAGAGAAGAGGAUCCAGAGCUCCAGGAAGGCGUUCUGCGCGAGCCGCCCGUUUCUGAGAGCCGGCCUGCCCCGAGCGAGAGCACCGACGAUAAAGAGCAAGACCAACCCAAGCCGACAAGCUUGAAAGAGCGGAUAGCUCUUCUGCAGAAGCAGCAGCUGGAGCAAGCUGCCCGUCAUGCUGAAGCUGCGCAAAAGAAAGAAAAGCCGAAGAAGCCCCCUCCGAAGAAGCGCACAGAGUCGCAUGAGGGACCCGUCCCUACAGAGGACUCGUAUACUGAGAGGCCGGACUCUAUGGAAUCUGCACGGGACCAUAGUGUUGACACUGUGAAGCCCGAGGCCGUCCCUGUGCCACAGCCACCACUGUCUCCGCCCCCUGCACGGGACACGACGAGUGAUGCCAACGACGCUGACGACUCUGCUGCUGCUGACAUUGAAGAUGCGGAGGAGACUUCUACAAGCAAGGAGGACUAUGACGAGCGUGCUCGUACUGAAUCUCGUCGUGUAAUUCAAACUCAGGAUCAGAAGAAGGAAGGAGGUGAGAAAGAUGAAGAAGAUAAUGAAGAGGAGGGGGCGGAGGAAGAGGAGAUCGACCCAGAGGUGAAGCGCAGAAUGGAGCUACGUGAAAGGAUGGCUAAGAUGAGUGGUGGAAUGGGUAUGAUGGGUUUCUUUGGCCCUCCUGGUGGGAUGCCUGUUCCUGGUGCGGCUCCUCGUAAGCCAAAGGCGGCUACGGAAGAGAGGAAGGAUAGAGACGCGGAGCCCAUUUCGCCAGCCGCUGCACCACCGGUUCCCGUUAUGGCUCUUCCGGGAAUGAAUGCCCCCAAGCCAGCUGCUCCUCCAGCGGUGGAAAAAGAGGAUGAAGGGGCCCCAACUACUCCCUUGGCGGAACAGCAUCCUGCGGAAGAAGUCCCUGACGUCGAGGAAGUUGUCCAAGAAGAGCCUCCUCGCCCUGUGCCAUCUGACAAAGCACCAGCACCUCAAGACCGUCCGGCACCUCCUCUUCCCCCUCUGGAAACUCGGCCUGUUCCCCCUCCUAUCCCACAGGAUCAGCCCCUAUUCCCCCGACCGGUUCCUGAACCCCGUCAGGUUCCUCCUGCGAAGAACUCCACGUCCGGCGACCCGGGUGAUGAGUCGGAUGAUGAGCUCUCGGUGCACGCCCAAAACCUGUCUCUGCAUGCUCCAGCAGCUGACCAGCCUGCAUCUCCUCCAUCUGCCCCGGCACCUCCAAUUCCUGACCAUAUUGAUUCCCGUCGUUUGUCAACCUACGAUGCCACGUCUCCGAAGUCACCUACACUUUCUUCUGAGAAGAGGCUUAGUCGCCAACCCCCGCCAAUCCCAGCAAACCCACCCAUUCCAUCGCAAACUCGGCCACCUCCUCCGCCUCCUGGUGAUCUUCGUCGUAGGUCAACCGCCGAUAGCCGUGUUAGCGCAGCCUCGCAACCUCGCCAAGCCGGUGAGGAAGUGGAAGGUGAAGUCACGGAGUAUGACGGUGAUUAUGACACAGACAUCGCGUCUGGGGCAAAAUUUAAAGAUGCAUUGAAAGCCCAUGGACGGGAUUCAAGCAUUGAUGAAGGUACCAUGACCGAUGAUCAUUCUCUUCAGUCUCCACGAAGUCCCCAUGAGACCCGACUUCCGCCACCGCCUCCUCCAUCCGCACCCAGAGCAGUCCCACCACCGCCCCCUGUUCAACCACCCAGAAGCGCUGGCAGAGCUUCUGUGGAGUCUCCCAGAGGACCCCCACCGCCCCCCCCUCACAGAGAGCUGUCUUACGGCGGCGAUGAUGAUGAGUACGAUCCUUACCGUUACACCGCUCCCCAACAUGGGGUGCCUCCCCCAAGAGCGCCGCCUGUAUCCGCGGAGCGACGACCGGUAGUGCCACCCACUGCCCAGCCAGAGGAUACGGGAGAUGAUUCGGAUGACUUGUACGAAGGAUCUCCAGUACAGUCACCGCCGCUCCACCCCGUUCCUACAUCACCUGAGAGGCGAACCUCCAUGGCACCUCCACCUCCACUCCCCAACAUGCCUCCCCCUAGCGGUGCUCCUCAAGCACCUCCCACGUCACGGAGCAACCGUGCAUCGCUUGAUAUUCCGAGAGGCCCGUCUAAUUUGCGGAGGUCUAUGGACAUAAGCCGUCCUUCUGUUGAUCAGGGUUACAUCGCUAUGGAUGUUGAUUUGGCAGAACGCACACUGUGGUGGGCACAACCAAACACUCCGCCACCUGCCUUCCAAAAUCGGAAUGACGUUCUAUUCGAUUUUGAAGAUUCUAGUUCUGUAAAUCACAGCGGCAACACCGCCAUUACUAAGGAUGUCUAUAUCCUAUUCAUCGACUACUCUCAGACUAUAAUCACUGUGACCUUUGAUCCCCGGAAUCCCUCCGAUGCAAAUUUGGAGCAGCGCCAUGAAGCGCCUCCUCUUCAACCUCGUCAGGAUCAGCUCGAGAACGCGCAUGUCCAAAUUGGCACACGCAUCGCAGCUGCUGUGAAUGGCAUCCAGAAUACAACUGUUGCAGAUGGCACCCCAUUCGGUCUGAUUCAACACCUUCUCAGCCCCCUUUCAGAUGCGCUGCGGCCUGUUGGCUCACGUGCCUACGGUGCCUUGGUCUAUUCCAAUCUAGCCAACGCCUCCGUGCAGCAAAAUGAUGAAAUCCGUGCCGGUGAUAUCGUCAGCUUUCGCAACGCACGCUUCCAAGGCCACCGUGGAACAAUGCACCAGAAAUACAGCGCCGAAGUAGGCAAGCCUGAUCACGUUGGCAUCGUCGUCGACUGGGAUGGUACCAAGAAGAAGAUCCGCGCCUGGGAACAGGGUAGGGAAAGCAAGAAAGUCAAAGUAGAAAGCUUCAAACUCAACGACCUGCGCAGUGGAGAGUGCAAGGUCUGGCGAGUAAUGCCUCGAAGCUGGGUUGGCUGGGGCAAAUGAGUUGGAAGUGCGGCUAGAUUCGACUGAUGAAUAAUACGUGGAAUGGUAUGGGAGGCAUUCUGUUUUGUUCAUCGUUUAUCUUUCUCUUCGCAAUCCCUUCGGGGAAUUAUAUCGAAAGUGCAGGUGUUUGAACAGAAGAUGAGUAAAUGAUUUGAUUCUGGUAUAUGCUAAUCUCGCAUAGUACAUCCAUGAGCUGCAGCCAUAUCUACUGGGUUGACUUGUGCAUGACUCUAGCUCUUAUGUUCUGCUCAGCUCUUUGUAUGUAUGUAUUGAUGUUAAUCACUAUGUUUGAAUAUGUAAAGCUCUUGCGUUAUCUGUUAUCUCUUAGUAGUGGCAAUUGAAUUAUAUCACUCUUCACUUCACA